GAUUUGUAAUUUUUAAUUUAGAUACAUUAAUCAAAAGUUUUAUUACCUUUUUUUUUUACAUUCUUUCUAAAACAAAUCAAUCAAUAUAAGGAUAUAUAAAAAGUAUAUCUUUAAAAACAUAUAUAAAAAGAAAUGAGUAUUGUCCAAAAAAUUAAAGAAAUUGAAGAUGAAAUGGCUCGUACCCAAAAAAACAAAGCCACAUCUUUCCAUUUAGGUACAUUAAAAGCUAAAUUAGCUAAAUAUAAAAGAGAAUUAUUAUUAGGUCCAUCAAAAGGUGCUGCUGCAUCAGCUGGUGAAGGUUUUGAUGUAUCAAAAUCUGGUGAUGCUCGUGUUGGUCUUAUUGGUUUCCCAUCAGUUGGUAAAUCAACUUUAUUAACCAAAUUAACAGGUACAAGUUCAGAAGUUGCAUCAUACGAGUUCACAACCUUAACUUGUAUUCCAGGUGUUAUUAAUUAUAAAGGUGCUAAAAUUCAAUUAUUAGAUUUACCAGGUAUUAUUGAAGGUGCUAAAGAUGGUAAAGGUAGAGGUAGACAAGUUAUUGCUGUUGGUAGAACUUGUAAUCUUAUUUUAAUUGUUUUAGAUUCAAUGAAACCAUUAGUACAUAAAAAGAUUAUCGAAAGAGAGUUGGAUGGUUUUGGUAUUAGAUUAAAUAAACAACCACCAAAUAUUACAUUCAAGAGAAAGGAAAAGGGUGGUAUCAAUUUUUCACACACACCAAAUGUUACACCAAGUCAUUUAGAUUCAGAUCUCGUUAAAGCCAUUUGCUCUGAAUACAAAAUCCAUAAUGCUGAUGUAAUUUUACGUUGCAAUGCUACCGUUGAUGAAUUAAUCGAUGUCAUUGAAGGUAAUCGUAUUUAUGUUCCAUGUAUCUACGUUUUAAAUAAAAUCGAUGCCAUUUCAAUUGAAGAAUUAGACCUUUUAGAUAAAAUUCCACAUUACGUUCCAAUUUCAUCUCAUUUAGAAUGGAAUUUAGAUGCUUUACUCGAAAAGAUUUGGGAAUACUUGGCUUUAAUUAGAGUUUACACUAAACCAAAAGGUCUUAUUCCAGAUUAUAACGAACCAGUUGUUAUUAGAGGUGGUGAAGAAGCUACUGUCGAAACUUUCUGUAAUCACAUUCACAAUUCAAUUAUUAGACAAUUUAGAUAUGCUCUUGUUUGGGGUUCUUCAGCAAAACACAACCCACAACGUUGUGGUAAAGACCAUGUUUUAGCUGAUGAAGAUAUUGUCCAAAUUGUUAAAAAAUAAAAAAAAUAAAAAUAAAAUUAGAAAUAUAUU